GGCGGGCAGCGGCGGCUGCGCGCGGAGGAGGUGCCCAGCCAGCGCUUCCCGCCCCCGAGCCGGUGCGGAGCCGAGCGGAGUGGAGGUAGCUGUGCGGGCGCCCAGCCCCCGCCAUGGCCCGGAACACACUGUCCUCGCGCUUCCGUCGGGUGGACAUCGACGAGUUUGACGAGAACAAAUUCGUGGACGAACAGGAGGAGGCGGCGGCGGCGGCGGCCGAGCCAGGCCCGGACCCCAACGAGGUGGACGGGCUCCUGCGGCAAGGGGACAUGCUUCGGGCCUUUCAUGCUGCUUUGCGGAACUCUCCUGUCAACACCAAGAAUCAAGCUGUGAAGGAACGAGCCCAGGGCGUGGUGCUGAAAGUGCUUACAAAUUUUAAGAGCAGCGAAAUUGAGCAGGCUGUGCAAUCACUGGACAGAAAUGGCAUUGACUUGUUAAUGAAGUACAUUUAUAAAGGGUUUGAGAAGCCCACAGAAAAUAGCAGUGCAGUGUUACUCCAGUGGCAUGAAAAGGCAUUAGCAGUAGGAGGACUAGGCUCCAUUAUAAGAGUUCUUACAGCAAGAAAGACUGUUUAAAAACAAACAAAAGACUCAUGUUACCUUGAGAAGAAUUUUGGAUGCACAGGCUGAAGAAGGGAUUGACACUGGACCAUCUUCCUAGGAACUCCCAAGUAAACUAUUUCAGGACAUGCAUCCGUUGAAGUGUAUUUUAUUUUCAAGGUGGAGGGAGAAAUCGUCUUACUGUUUCCUAAAUCCUUUGCAGGAUCUGAUAGUCUAUGCCUUUGUCAAUGAGACAUGCAGAACUGUUGUUGUGACUGUCUACCGGAGUGACUGGCCAGCGUUGGUCAGGUGUGCCUGUGUGCACUGCCUGUUUAAAAUGGGAGAGGGGUGAUUGGUGCAGGUGCAGAUACAAGGGCUGUGGCAGGGAGGAAAACUUUUUUUUUUUUUUAAGUGGAAAAGCCCCCAGGAUUUGUGUACAGCAUCCCAGCCUCCCAGGAAAGGCAGGCUCUCUUGGGUUCAUUGUAAAGUGCCUGCUGCAUCAAUAAAGCUCUUGGCUUAUUAGUAUAUACUUGCAGUGUGUUUUAUGUAUGUGAAAAAACAGUUGGUAACAAGUGGGAUGACAAUUGAGAGGUCAACCGUUCUGGAAACAAGCCUGUUUGGCUAGUCCCUGGAGCAAGCAUGGCGACCCAUAGGCCUCCUACCACAAAAGGACCUCAGAUCUGGGCCACAGUGCCACUGGCUGCUAUGGAGAGAUGUUUUGCUGAAUAUUUAUUGUUUCUACUCUUUUGAUUUGUAUGUAAUUUUGGAGCUUGUUUAAUAAAGUGCCAAACAUUCAAUAAUUAA